UACUUUCUUCCCGUGCUCUGUUUCCCAGUUUGGUUUCUUUCUGCGUGUUGCUGUUACCCUGCCUCGAAGAAGAAGAAGAAGAAGAAGAUGACUAUCGUCAUUGAGCAGAUCGAUAAUGGCGCCGCCCAAGCGGAGGAGCAGAAGACGCUGACGAUCACCAAUGAUCUGGUGCUCGAUGGCGGGUUUGCGCUGCCGAAGGAGGCGUCGGACGAAGGGUUCGUGGCGCCCGAGAUCAAUGCGUUUGGUCACUCUUUCAGGGACUACGAUGCAGAGAGCCAGAGGCAGAAGACGGUGGAGGGGUUCUACCGGUUGAACCACAUCCACCAGACCUAUGACUUUGUGAAGAAGAUGAGGGGGGAAUACGGCAAACUGGACAAGAUAGAGAUGAGCAUAUGGGAAUGCUGCGAGCUUCUGAAUGACGUGAUAGACGACAGCGAUCCUGAUCUGGACGAGCCUCAGAUCGAGCACUUACUCCAAACUGCCGAAGCCAUCAGGAAGGAUCAUCCUGACGAAGAUUGGCUGCAUUUGACCGGCCUUAUCCACGAUCUUGGAAAGGUGCUGCUUCAUCCCAGCUUUGGUGGGCUUCCCCAAUGGGCUGUUGUCGGUGAUACGCACCCUCUUGGAUGCGCCUUUGAUGAAUCGAUUGUCCACCACAAGUACUUCGAGGGCAACCCGGACUAUCACAAUCCUGCCUACAACACCAAAUGUGGGAUAUACAGCGAAGGGUGUGGUCUGGACAACGUGAUGAUUACUUGGGGUCAUGAUGACUACAUGUACUUGGUGGCCAAAGAAAAUAAAACUACUCUCCCUCCGGCGGCAUUGUUCAUUAUCCGUUACCAUUCGUUCUAUCCAUUGCAUAAGUGCGGGGCAUACACUCACCUUAUGAACGAGCAGGAUAGGGAGAACAUGAAGUGGCUUAAGAUAUUCAACAAGUAUGAUCUAUACAGCAAGAGCAAGGUCCGGAUCGAUGUUGAGGAAGUCAAGCCAUACUACAUGUCCCUCAUUGGAAAGUAUUUCCCGGCGAAGCUCAGAUGGUGAUGAUGUUUUAGAAGGUUUAGAGGAGUUAAUUGGCUGAGAAGGCAGUGCAUUGCUGUUUUAGCUUUCUUCGAUUGAUCUUAUGUUUGAUUAGUUGAUGUAAAGAGCAAAAAAAAAAAAAAAUUAAUAAGAAGAAAGAUGGGUAUCUGAUUGUUCAUCCGUCCAA